UCAGCAGGGUGAAGGUUUGGCCAGGCUCCUGUUUUCCUCCUCCAGAAUAAAACCAUGAGGUGCAGCCUGCGCAGCGCUGUGUCUGCGGAGACGCUCCCGUUGUCCUCCUGCAGGAGAUCUACACAGCUGAUCCACUAGAACGCUGACCUCCUGUCCGAGCCAUAACGCAGGAUCCGGCCACAGGGAAGGCAAAAGAAGGGAGGAAGGGAGAAAUAAAGCGCAGCUUCCUUGCGUUAUGUUGGGGAACAGAAAGAAAGCGGCCCCGGGGGUGAAGAACGGAGCCGGGACAUCUAAGGCCAUCGACCCCCUGAAGAACCUGGGAGUGCAGGAUGAUGAAGAUGUGAAGCGGAUGUUGCAGGGAUCCAGUAUGGUAAAGGUACGCUCGCCUCGCUGGCAGAAGCGACGAACUCUGAAGCUGCUGGAAGACGGUGUCACUGUCUGGUGUCAGUCCCACAAAACCUCCAGCCGGGCCAAGGAGCAACAAUCCUUUUCUGUCAUGGAAGUGGAGUGCAUUCGUGAGGGUUGCCAGUCAGAGAUGUUGCGGCAGAUGGUCGGCUCAGUACCAGAGGGCCGGUGUUUGACAGUGGUCUUCAAAGGGCCCCGCAAGAGCCUGGAUCUCCUCUGUCAGAGCCAGGAGGAGGCUCAGCAAUGGGUCCGCGGCAUCCGAACCCUGCAGGAGAGGGUGGACAACAUGACCCAGAAGGAAAAACUUGACCACUGGAUUCAUGCUUACCUGAGUCGAGCCGACCAGAACCAUGAUGAUAAAAUGAGCUAUGAGGAAGUCCAGACACUGCUGCAGAUGAUCAACAUUGACCUGAGUGACCAGUAUGCCCGCAGCCUCUUUCAGAAAUGUGAUCAGUCCGCUGACGGUCGCCUGGACCAUGGGGAGAUUGAAGUUUUCUGCAGGGAGUUGUUACGGAGACCGGAGCUAGAUGCUGUGUUUAUCCGCUACUCUGCAAAUGGCUGUGUACUUUCCACUGUGGACCUGAGGGAUUUCUUCAAGGACCAGGGGGAGGACGCUUCCCUCAUCCAUGCCCAAAGCGUCAUACUCACCUAUGAACUUAAUGAGUGGGCCCAGAGGAACCAGUUCAUGACCCCAAAUGGUUUUACCAUGUACAUGCUCUCUAAGGAGAACUGUGUAUUUAACCCAGAGCAUGCUAGGGUUUACCAAGACAUGAAACACCCACUGGCACACUACUUCAUCUCCUCCUCUCACAAUACCUACCUCACUAAGGACCAGCUGACCGGGGACAGCAGCACAGAGCCAUAUAUCCGAGCCUUGAAUCAUAGCUGCCGCUGUGUGGAGCUGGACUGUUGGGAUGGAGAUAAAGGAGAGCCAAUCAUAUACCAUGGACACACACUCACCUCCAAAGUGCCCUUUGUCGAAGUCAUUGAGACCAUCAAUGAAUAUGCUUUUAAAGCAUCUCCGUACCCUCUGAUCCUGUCCCUGGAGAACCACUGCUCCGUGGAGCAGCAGACAGUAAUGGCUCGACACCUACGAUCCAUCCUGGGAGACAAGCUGCUCACCAAGUCCGUCAGUGAUCUGGAUCCUCACAAGCUGCCCUCUCCAGAGGAGCUCAAGUUUAAAAUCCUGGUCAAAGGGAAGAAGGAGCGUGUGGUGGAGUGCUCAUCCAGCUCUUCAGACCUCAGCUCCUCAGACGAGGAGGCCAGCUGCGCCGAAGGCAAACCCAGGAGAAAGAAAGAGGAAAAGAAGCCAGGUGUGUCUAAGCUGAGUCCAGAGCUGUCGGAGCUGGUUGUGUACACCCAAAGUGUUCCCUUCAAAAGCUUCGAACAAGCAGCCAAAAACCCAGCAACUGACAUGUCCUCUUUCUCCGAGAGCGACGCACUCAGAUACAUCAAGGACUCAGGGAUGUAUUUUGUUCGCCACAACAGCCACCAGCUCAGCAGGAUCUACCCCUCAGGCCAGCGCCUCCAGUCCUCCAACUACAACCCUCAGGAGAUGUGGAACGGCGGCUGUCAGAUUGUUGCUUUGAAUUUCCAGACACCUGGUGAGCAGAUGGACCUAAACCAUGGCAGGUUUCUGCAGAAUGGUCAGUGUGGGUACAUCCUGAAGCCUCCGUUCAUGUGCCGGCCAGACACCACCUUCAACCCAGAGAAUGUUGGUGGAGGACCUGGCCAUAGUCCUGUCCUACUCACUGUUCGGGUUAUUUCAGCUCAGCAGCUUCCUAAACCAGAAUGGGACAAGCCCAGCUCCAUUGUGGACCCUCAGGUGUGGGUAGAGAUACAUGGUGUUCCCAUAGACAACAAUAAGAAGAAAACUCAUCAUGUCGACAACAAUGGCUUCAACCCGCGGUGGGACUGUACCUUUAACUUUACCGUCCAUGUCCCUGACCUGGCUCUGGUUCGUUUCAUGGUGGAGGACCAUGACUAUACCUCAAGCAAUGACUUCCUGGGACAGUACACUCUGCCUUUCACAAGUCUCCGUACAGGUUAUCGCCAUGUUUGGCUGCUUAAAGUGGAUGGCUCCAGCCUUUCGCCUUCCUCACUCUUCAUCCACAUCAAGGUCACUCCGUGUCAGAGCAGUCCCUCGAAAUCACCGGCCAAGUCUUCAGCCAAGAAACCCUAAUCCCAUCUCUGAAGCAUGGAAGCCAUCAUUGGAAGAUCCCCAGGACAUAUCUGCCUGCAAUAGAAGACCUAAUUCAUUAACUUAAAGGUUAUAUCAUUGUCGACCUUGCAGCUAUAUCCCCACUCUGUCCACAUUUUAUGGAAGAGAACUGUGUUGUUACAGACAUGCAAACAGUAAAACUGACCAGUAUUUUAAACGUAUGAAGAAGAAAGAAAACACUGUUCUGAGAUGCGUACAGUAUGAUCAGUUUUGUGAUCUUCCCAAGAGUGUAAACAAAAAACUGAAGAUACAAUCAGGGAGGUAAUUACCAUCAAACCAAAUGUCAAUUUUGGCUGUGGUUGGUAGGUUUAACUGCACUAACAUCAUUCCCUCAAAAACCAAAUCUUCCAGUUACAGUGACUGGUGCAUAUUUGAAACCAGAACUGUCUAUUUAAUCCCUCAUUUAACGGAGGGUUGAUUCUCAGAGCAGGACUUAGUGACAACCCAUCGAACCAGCCUGCAGAAGUCUACAUAUAUCAAUGUACGAGACCAUGACCAAAGUUUGGUGCUAGAGUUUGUCUCCACAUUUGAGUCUCAAGCCUUCCACAGGAAGGCCUUUUUUAAACUACAGUAACUUAUUUUUAAAUUUAUUUGAACUAAAUAGUCUAGAAAUGCCUGCUGGUAUGUGCUUCAAACAUUACUUGGGUAGGGUAGAAACUCUUCAUUAACUUUAUAAAUAGCAUGUGAAGGAGACAUUAACUAUAAAGAAUGGGCUGAUUUGAUAUGUCCAUUAAAAGAACCAUUGGUCGCUGUAGUCAUUAUUGACGUCCAUACUGGCUGUGAAGUGAUCUCUUCCUAAUGUGACUUACUGUAAGUGACAAGGGACAUAAUCACAGUGAAAAAAUGCAUUUUAAAGUUCAGCUAUGUGGCUUUAGGAGUCUGGAGGCUAUGGUCUACUUCAAACUAAGUGCUUGUUGGAUCAUCAGAACGGCAUCUGAAACUGCCUCCCCCCGUGCAAAUUUUUCUUUUUCUAGCAUUUGUUGGUUGGUUGAGGUUAGGGGUGAAAAUAUCAGGGUAUGCCAGUCAGAGGCAGAACAACGUGGGAUUUUUUCACCAUCAUCACCAUCAUUUGGGGAAAAACGCAAUAGAAAUUGUCUCUUCUAUUUUUGAGUUACAUAACACAGAUAGGUUCAGAACAGCUAUAAAUACUUUAGCCAGUGGUUUAUAAAAGGCUACAAGUCCAGUUUUUCAACUCUUGAAAGUUAUCGUCUGUCUUGGUGACUGUAAGGUAAACACUUCACAUGGCUGAGAUCAGCUUUUGUAGCCUGAUGAUGCUGAUGCUGUCCCCCUAUCUGCCGCAGCUGAUCAAGGAAGUGUCGGGGGGAACCCUCUGAAAGAUACCCAUUAGAUUUGUCUGACUUAUAUUGUUGUUAGCAUUAGCUAGCUUUCUUUCGGUGAGGUCAUAUUAGGAAAGAUCAGGUCACAGCCAGUACACUGUAAAAACAAAUUCUAAAGGCAGCUGUCUUCACUAAAUGUUUCUGUUUUAUGUCAAAAUGAAACUUAUCUACAACUUUGCACUUUUUGGGUGCUUGAAAAUUAAAUAUAUAUAUGUGUGAGUUUGCAUUUGACUUAAAGCUGAAACAUUUAAGGAAGAGAGUUGCUUUGAAAUUAUGAGUUUUCUAAACUUUUUGUUACACUGUACGAACAGGAGGCAUAAAUCUGAUAGAGGCAUAAAAACAUAUUUGAUAAAAAAUUCUAAUCUUCUAAUAUCAAGGAUCACUUUUUCUGACGCUUUUGAGCACAUCAUACUCCGUGUCCACAUGCAACCAGGUUACACAGGUAGUGGUAGAACAGGUCCACAUGUGACUGUAAAUCAGUGUGUACAUGCAGCAGGUCAGUGAUCAGAUUUCACCCCUACCCUGACCUUACUCUUAACUUUAUUUUUAUUCUUUUUUGACAAAAACAAAAUACUAACAGACAUUCAUUUAUAACUAAAAGUCAAUUCUGUUGGUUUUAUUCCAAAAAGAAAUAUAACAAAGUACUCCAAACAGAUAUAAAGUAAAAUAAGAUAUGAUCUCCAGUUUUCCAGUAUUUUUCACAUUUGUAAGUGGCAUAUCUCAAGGAAAAAGUCAAUUGUUCCAUUAUAUACAUUUCCUGAACUAUCGAUUCAGGGACUGUUGGAGAUUCUUAGCUCAGCCUUUUCCUUGGUAUUGGUCUUUGCUACCUGUUAAUAGUAUUAGUAAUAAAUAUCUGUCCUGCUUUUGCAGCCCAGUAGGCAAGUGUCCCAAAUACAUAACACUCAAAUUAAAAUUAAGCGCAGGACUGAUGACUGUUCUGAUCUCUGUUACUUAUCUACCCAGGAAGAGGAAAUAUUAGGACACGCCCUAAAAAUAUGAAAAUAAUACCUUAUUGUGGAACCGUAGCUUACAUUUUUGGGCAGUUAGACUUGGUCCAGCCAAUCAGCUGUUACUUCCCCUGUCAGUAGAAAGCUGAUUAGAAACCUGCUUACCUCAAUACAUGACAGAAAUGCAUCACAUUUUUCUAACCCCCUACCCUGAUUACUGUAUUAAAGAUUGAAUUUCAGUGCUCGUGUAUCAAGAUACAAAAACUUAAACUUAUCUUUUUAAAACUGUAUGUAGGGAUAGUUGGAUCCUACUACAGCUCUAUGUAUCAGUGUGAUACAGGGGUCAAAUGUGGCAACGUCCCCAACACUAUAUAGCACUAAAAGCCACAUGGAAAAUAACUGAUUUUUAUAGGAGAUGCAGAGCUCCAUGAUGGUGAACGAUCUUGUUUCUGCCUGUCUGACGUGCUGUAUGAAUUAGGGGCCCAUUGGCAGGUAAAAGACCAGUGUAUAAGAUUUAGCGGCAUCUAGUGGUGUAGUUGCAGAUUGCAACUUAUUCCCUUCAUCCUCCCCUUCCAAGAGUGAAUAUUCACUAUUUGGGCUUCUGUAGAAAAAUGGCCAUUGUGGAUAUAAACAGCUCAUU